CUAAAGAUAGAGCAUCAGGGAAAUCAUACCCUAGUGCUCCACCAAGUUUGCCAGCAGCGGGUUCAGCUGGCUCUCGCAGCUGCAUGGUCAGCGGUUCUAGAUAGCUCCUUCUCAAGUUUGGCGCACCGGUCCUCGUACCUCGAAAUGUCUAACUAGGUUCUUCGCCAUGCUCGCACCGCACGAAGGCAGUAGUGGCAAGACCGUCCUUGGGCAAGGUCGGUAACACGACCUGGGAAGCUUUCUCCAAUGCAGCCGAACACGAUCCGGGGCGACCUAGGCCGGGGCGACCUUGCCCAAAGGGCGGUCUUGCCCCCGGCCAUAUCACUGCCUUCGGGCGUUGCGAGCAUGGCGAAUGACCUAGAGCGGGCUCGUGUAGACAUUUCGAGGUACGAGGACCGGUGCGCCAAAGUUGAGAAGGAGCUACUCGAACCGCUGACCGAGGAGCGGCGACAGAAGCUGGAGAGCCAGCUGAACCUGCUGCUGGCAAACUUGGUGGAGCUUCGGAAGAAGGAGAACCUGGCGCAGGAGGCGCAGGACCGGAGGGAUGCCGCUGGUGCGCGCGGUCGGCCUGCCGCAGGGGGCGGCGCAAGUGCGGCUGGCACAGAUGUAAGCGCCAGGGGGCAGGACGCGGAGCACCAGCAGCGCGACCAGCAACAGCAGCAGGCCGCCGCAGCACACGUCCACGCCAAGGUAUCCUGCUCAAAUGUGGUGCGUCUGGUGGACGCGGGCGAGACCGUCGGCUCCGGUUGCCCGGUCAGCUUCAACGGCCGGAGUUACCUACUGGCCUCGCGCCACUGCAUGGGCCUCAAGCCCGGCCAGCGCAUCGACGUUACGAGCUUCACAGUCUGCGGCCACACGCUCAGGCAUCUCGCCAGCUUCCCGCAGCACGACGUGACGGUGCUGCUGCUGGACGGCGGCGGCACAGGGCUGGCUGACGGGCUGAGGAAUGCUACCCCCUUCAUGGUGGACGGUGGCAUAGGGCUGAUGCCUGGCAUAGCGGUCACGCUGAUCGGCUUUCCGCUCGCGGCAGACAAGACCGUCGUGGGCUUCCAGCAGUCGGGUCUCCCCCUGGUCGCCCCGGGUCGCGUCUGCUGGCUCAGCAAGGCGGCGGACGAGGCGAUCUGUUCGUACUCAGGGGUGUUCCCCAACUGCAGCGGCGGCGCUGUGACCUUCGGCCCGCCUCACCGGUACCUGGCCGGCAUGCACACGGGCAUCAUGUGGCACGAAAAGGGGACCAACCCGCGGGACAUAGCUCCAGAAGCGGGCCCGAGUGGCAGCGGCAGCGGCGCACCAGCAGCGGCUACAGCGGCCGGCGGCGAGCUAGUGGUGGAGACGGACACGUGGUCGGGUGACAGCGCCACGGGGCUGGCCGGGCAGGCAAGGGCGUGCGGUGGCAAGAGGAAGCCCGCUAACCGGCUGGAGGGUGUUGCUCGCGACAGCGAAGUGCAAUACUGCCUCGACAACGUGGAGCACAAGUCGUGCAUGGGGACGUUCGUGCCCGCCCACGUGCUAGUCCGGCUGCUGAGCCGCUGCCAUGAGCUGCUGGCUGCAGCGGGGGCGUUGAGCGAGUAGUGCUGGCGACUGGAUGCGUGCCGUGGGUGGAAGCUGCAAGGCGUCGUGAUGUCGGUGGUGGCAUGUGCCCAAGUGCCCGGCUCCCUGCUGAAGGCCACAGCAGCAGGACUUGUGAGGCGAGGGGUUGAGGGGAACCACCCAUGCAAACUACCACUGGGUGCUCGUUGUGGGCGGAUUUGAUCGGAAAAGUGCAAGUCCUUGUGGAGGAUAUUGCCGAGUGGUUGGUACAUGAAGCAGCUGAGAUGCACAGCGGCGCUCUCCCAAUCUCUCAAGCUACCAACCACUGACAAUUGCGGAGCCGGGACACAUACCAUUGCAGGCGGGGGCGUCGAAUGCGGCGUAUUUGUCUCGAUAAUGGCUGUGAGGCUAUGGCGCUUUACACAUUCUAUGCGGACUUGAUGGGGAAAGGCGUGGCGUGCUGUGCACACCACCUCGGAAACUUCC